AUGACUGCAGCGGCGCAUGAACAACCUCGUGCAGCCAAUCUCCCAAGACAUCCAGUGUUCUACAUGCAAGAGGGGAUGGUCGUGCUCAAGGUCCAGGAGUCGCUGUACAAGAUCCACAGAUACUUGCUCGAGCACCACUCAGACUACUUCCGGAGGGUCGUUGCGGAGGGCAAUGACCUGCUCGGCCGCUCAGAUGAAAGCCCUCUUCCUCUGCCCGCGGAUAUCACUCAACAAGGGUUCGACUGCUUGCUCGACUUUCUCUAUCAUGGUAUAUACGACCCCGCCUCCGUCUCCCUGGCCGACUGGACAACCAUCCUCCGCGUCUCCACCCGCCUCCAAUGCACCAAAGUUCGCCAAUACGCCAUCCGCGAACUCACAGCCCGACGCGCCUCCCUCCCCACUAUCGACACCAUAGUGCUCGCCAAGGAACAUGAUGUCCCUUCUUGGCUCGGCCCGGCCUACGCGGAGCUCGUCCGGCGUCCGGCUCCGCUCAGCGACGACGACGCAGAACGUCUUGGCGCGCGGACGGCCGCGCAGGUCGCGCGUGCGCGCGAGAUGCUCAGGGAAGAGGAGUACGCGCUGUUCCAGCAGCGUCGGUAUGGUGCGAAGUACGCGUUACCGGAGCGUCCGGACGAGCAGCUGGUCGCACACGCAGUCAACGAGGUCUUCCAUAUCUCGGACACCGCGGCGUAG